AUGCCUGAUGAUCUGCUGCUCCCGCAGGAAUCUGCUGCUGCUGCUGCUGCCCGCAGCAGCCCGUGGGCGCCCCCCACCCUGCCUGCUGGUUCGCUGCAGCACCGGCAGCAGCAGCAGCAGCAGCAGCAGCAGCAGCAGUUGCUUCUGCCAGGGGACUACCCCUCUAUACAGCGUUAUAUAUUUGAGGAGACAGACAUGGUGUUGAGUGUGGGGCCCCGUUCGUUGCUGCUGCUGCUGCUGCUGCUGGCGAUGCAUGCGCUGCUGCUGCUGUUUGCUGGCUCCAAGCUGCAGCAGCAGGGAAUCAAGCCACGCCUCGGGACGCUCCACUUGUUGCUGCUGGGGGCGGUUCAGCAGGGAAUCAAGCCACGCCUCGGGACGCUCCACUUGUUGCUGCUGGGGGCGGUUCUUGCUGCUGCUGCUGCUGCUGCUGCUGCUGUCGCUCGUGUGUCUCCGCGGCAUUUUGCUGCUAUUCGUUUGUGGCUGCAGCUGCAUCUCCCGCUGCUGCAUGCUGCUGCUGUGCCGCUUGCUUCUGCUGCUCUCUGCUACAUCAUCAAGGAAGCAGCAACGUCCACCCCCCCACCUGCUUCUGCUGCUGCUGCAGCAGCAGCAGCAGCAGCAGCAGGAGAGGAUACACCUUCUGCUGCCCAUGGGGUUCCUCUGCUGCUGCGUGAGUCAACUCCGGAUGCAGACAGCAGCAGCAGCAGCAGCAGCAGCAGCAGCAACACGUCCCCUGCUGCAGCAACAAGCAGCUUGCUGCUGCCCACCUAUUCUUUCUCGUCGCAGCGGCUGCAGCGCCCAGUGGCGAUAGGGAGCGUCCGCAGCAUGCACAGCAGCAGCAGCAGCAGCAGCAACAGCAGCAACAGCAGCAACAGCAGCAGCAGUAACAGGUAUACGCAGCCAGGCCGCAGUUCCUUUACAUCUAUCUGCCGCUGGAUGUCUGCUGCUGCUGCUGCUGCUCUCUGGCUGCUGCUGCUGCUGUCUCCUUUUAUGGGGGCGGGGGGCUUCAGCUCCCCCUGCAUAUUCAGAGAGCCGCCGCAGCAGCAAGGGGGCCUUGCUGCACUCUACAGCAGCAGCAGCAGCAGCAGCAGCAGCAGCAGCAGCGACAGCAGCAGCCGGGAAGGCAGGACGCACCACGUUACUACAACAGAGAAGGAGGCAGCAACUGCAAGCAGCAGCAGCAGCAGCAGCAGCAGAAACAGCAACAGAAACAGAAACAAAAACAACAGAGGCAGCAGCAACAGCAGCAGCAACAACAGGGACGGCAGCAGGAGGAGCAGCAGCAGCAUCACCAUCACCAGCAGGCGACUGAGUGCAGCAGAAUCGAAGCCCUCCUUGGCAGAUGAUGCUGCUGCUGCUGCUGCUGCUGGUGCUGUUGCUGCUGCACCGGGUGCUGCGGCAGCACCGCCAGCAGCUGCUGCAGCAGCAGCACAUUCUGCUGCAGCGCCAACUGCUGCUGCCGCUGCACCAAAUGGUGCUGCAGCAGCAAAACCAACUGCUGCUGCUGCUGCGCAGCACAGGGGAUCUGCUGCUGCUGCAACACAGACAGCAGCACGAGGGACAGCAGCAGCAGCGCCAAAAACCCAAACUGCAGCAGCAGCAGCAGCAGCUGCAGCACCAGCAGCAACACGACCAGCACCACCACCAGCAGCCCCACUACGCGCAGCAGCACCACCACCAGCAGCAGCAGCAGCAUCAACAGAAACACCAACAGUAGCAGCAGCAGCACCAUUACGCGCGGCAGCACCAGCAGCAACAGCAGCAACACCAGCAGCAGCAGCAAUACCAGCAGCACCAGCAUUGACACAAACAGCAGCACCAACAGCACCACCGCUACGUGCAGCAGCACCAGCAGCAGCAAAACCAGCAGCAGGAGCACCCGCACCAGCAGCACCCACAGCUGCACCGCCAGCAGCAGCAACACCAGCAGCAGCAGCAGCACCACCACCACCACAAGCAGCAGCACCACAAGCAGCAGCAGCACCCGCAGCAGCAGCAUCCGCAGCAUCUGCCCCCGCAGCAGCAGCACCCGCAGCAGCACCACCAGCAACAGCACCACCAGCAACAGCAGCAUCAGCAACAGCAGCACCAGCAGCAACAGCACCAGUUGCAGCAGCACCCGCAGCAACAGCACCAGCAGCAGCAGCACCCGCAGCAGCAGCACCCGCAGCAGCAGCAGCAACAGGAGUGAGCAGCAGCAGCAGCGACUCGUGGCUGCCGCCUCGCCCGAUGCUGGUUGGGCAGCGAGGGCUUCCUUUGCUGCGCCCUGAAAACACAAUGUAA